UGUAGCAAUUGUGGAGAAGGGAAGUUUGGAGCAGGGCCGGAGGGGCGAGGAGCGGUGGUCCGGGAGCCGGUGGGCGUGGAGACCGACAGCAGGAGAGUCGGGAGACUGACGGACCGGGAGUUGGAGGGUGUGGAGGUCGUGGGCCCAGCAGUUGGAGGACUAGGGACCGCGGAACCCAGUACCCAGGGUCGGGGUACUGGGCCUAAAGCACUAGAAACAGCAACAGACUGUGACUAACUCUGACUGCAUAUGUGCUGUUUAAAUCCCUCCAUCAGCAGGCCGUUCGACUUGUAUGCUGACAGGUGAGAUAAAGUUGCAAGAUGUGAUGACAGCGAACAUCAUGAACAAUGGGAUGUCCUUCCAUUCUCCUGACUCUACUCUAUCUAAAUUGUUAACCAGUACAAGUCAUCACAGUGGCUAUCGUUCCCAUGGCUCCACCCAAAUUCCCAGCUCUGUCCUCUACAGAGGCAAAACUUAUCAGUCAGCAUCAGAGGCUCUGGAAGCUUAUAUUGACAAUUUUGAGAAGAAGCUGUCAUCCCCGACGGAAUGUGCAAGCAAAUUGCAUUUGGGAAGCGGCCCCAAACUGUUUUCCACUUCUCCACACAACAGAAGAGAGGCUUUCAGACAGCAACGUUCCUUCAAAGAUUUGGAUUUUCCCAUUCGACCUUUGGGGAGACGUAUAGGAAGUGAUCCAGAUCUCAUGAGCCUCACCACCGAUGACCUUUUGCAUUUGCCACCGGAUGGCUCCCUACCACUGACUCGAACCUCCGUGCUACAAUGUCUGACAAAGACUAAACAGCAUUUGGGAACCCAAUUGAAACACAACUCCUCCUACCCAUCUGUAAAGCCGUCUCCAGAGUAUUCUGAGAACUGGCGACGCAGGAAAGAUGACAAUUUUGUAUUGCUUUCUAGGAAAGCUGGUGACAGGCCAUUAAACCCGACUGCUAGUCUCGAACCUUCUCGACUUUUGCAUUCAACGAGGGGGCCAAGCAAAGGAGAUAAAUAUAAGGCCCCUAUCAUUCAAGGAGUCCCUUCUGUGGAAGACAGUAGACUUGGAGACCAAAAAUUUAAUUCUCUUUCCAGGCAGAAUUAUCCGAGGUGGUUAACCAGCCAAAAAUCUGAGCUGGGUGUCUCUGGAAUAAGUAGCAUUCCUGAGCUGAAGUACCCUGGCUGGCUUCAAGAUUGUGACCUGGGCUCUGAUUUAAAUGGUUCAGACGCGCUGAAUGGAAGGAUGUAUCCACUGGGAACUCAAUAUGAGACUGAGCUUGUAGACUCCAAGUUACGCUCCAGUGCUGAUAAAGGAAUGCCUGAGCAUGAACAUUUUGCUUGUUUCUCACACAAUGAAGACCAAGCAUUUCAUAACCACACAGACCCAGGGACUUGUGCCUCUUUGCAGAGGAUACCUUGGCACAUUAUGCACCAUACAUUUACCCAUUAUCAUACUGAAGAGGUGGAGGAUUCUUGCUGCAGUAAACCUUUCAGAGAAGACCACAUUGACUUACUAAUCCAGAAGGCUGAACAUGUUCUUGAAGCACUUUCGCAGCACGUGACCAAUUUACAACAGAAUUGUGGCAGUCCUGGUACUGAAGAGAUCCUGGACGCUGAUCGAUCUUGGGAUAAUCCACCCGUUACUUUCAAACCCCCAGUCCCUGUAGGCAACAGUGGAGAAGAUUGUUUUGAAGCUUCUAAUCCUGCUCAGGCCAAUGACACUCUCCAUGACUAUUUAAAUACUUGCCAUCAGAAAAGUCAUUGUGGCUCAUCAGAAGUUUCUGGAAGAAAGCACCAUGGACCAGUUGAAGCACUGAAACAGAUGUUGUUCAGUUUGCAAACAGUGCAGCAGAGUUUUGAGAAUGAACACACGGAACAGCAGGAAGAGGUACCUGAAAACUUUAUGUCUCAAACCCAGGACCUGGAUUUUGAAGAGGCACCUGGUAGCAAGUCAUUGCAAAGGGCACUCAGCCAUUUGAAACAUCUAAAGGAACUUGUUGAUGAUAUUGGUGCUAAGAAGAAAAAAGAAAUGCAGAACGAUCGAUACAAUUGAUAAGCAACCUAGCUGAAUUUUUUGUAGUACAAUAUCUAUAGUGUGUAGUUUAACCAAAUAAAUCUUUUUUUAAUAAAUUUAAUUGAUCAAAAUGUGC